UGUUGCUGUUUUUAUUGUUUGCUGUAAAUGAACUCUAGCCUGCAGCUACGUGCGCGCGAGCUACAGUUGGUGCCGCCUUUCAAUUCUCAAACCGGAAGAGUUGGGCAAUUCUUUUUCAUUUAUUGACAGAGUCUCUGAGAAGUGCAAGUCAACCUGGAGAAAACCGAGUGUUGAACAACUACUGAGACACCGCCGCGACUGUUCGUGUUGUUUUGGAGUGUAUGAGGGUGUAAAAGCGGCCACCGCUGACCUGAGAACCCGAAAUCAGGAGGUGCAAAGCUCAUGUGUCUGACAUUUCCGUGACAACUCAGAGCUGUAAAUCGCUGCUGAAGGACCAUGCACUAAGCAUUGACUCUAGACAGUCAUCUUACAGCAUGACUGAUCAGCAGAACCCUGUUAAUUUAAGCCACGCCCUGUUUGACCAGUUCGUGCUAGCUGGGACGUGCAAAGAUGUUCAGCAGAAUUUCAGUGAGCUCUGUCGCCAUCUACAGUUAGAUGCCCAGGAUUACCGCCACUUUUACGGUAAGCUGAAAGAGAAGCUGAACUAUUGGAACGCGAAAGAACUCUGGGAGAAGAUUGACAAGAGGGCAGCACACCCAGAUUACGACCAGGGCAAACCCUGCGCCAAGACUAAGUGUUUAGUCCUGGGAGCAGGCCCGUGUGGCUUGAGGACAGCCAUCGAGUUGGCUCUUCUAGGUGCACAGGUGGUCUUGUUGGAAAAGAGGACAUCUUUCUCCAGGAACAAUGUCCUGCAUCUGUGGCCGUACACCAUCCGAGAUUUACGCAAUCUCGGUGCAAAGAAGUUCUACGGCAAAUUCUGCUCUGGUUCUCUCGACCACAUUAGUAUCCGGCAGUUGCAGUUAAUCCUGCUGAAGCUGGCUCUGAUCCUGGGGGUUGAGGUUCACACCGGAGUGACCUAUAAUGGUUUGGUUGAACCCCAAGCAUCAGGAACAGGCUGGAGGGCUUUGUUGCUUCCUGGUUCUCACCCUGCUUCUUCCUAUCAGUUUGAUGUUUUCAUCUCAGCUGGAGGAGGAAGAUUUGUACCUGAUGGGUUUAAGAGAAAGGAGCUGAGAGGGAAGCUGGCCAUCGGCAUCACUGCUAACUUCGUUAACCGCCGCACCAAAGCCGAGGCUCAGGUGCCCGAGAUCAGCGGCGUGGCACGCAUUUACAACCAGAAGUUCUUUCGGGACCUUCAGACAGAGAUGGGCAUUGAUCUGGAGAACAUUGUCUACUACAAAGAUGACACUCACUACUUUGUCAUGACUGCCAAGAAAAACAGUCUGCUGAAGAAAGGGGUCAUCAUGCAAGACUAUGCUAAUGUGGAGCAGCUGUUAGCACCUGCUAACGUUAACGGGGAGGCUUUACUGAACUACGCGCGUGACGCCGCCGAGUUUUCCACGGGCCGCAAACUUCCUAACCUUGAAUUCGCGACGAAUCACAAUGCAGAGGCAGAUGUAGCCAUGUUCGACUUCACGUGCAUGCACCGUGCCGAGCACUCCUCGAUGGUGAUGGAGCGCAAAGGCAAGAAACUCCUCAUUGGCCUGGUGGGAGACUGCCUGGUGGAGCCCUUUUGGCCCUUGGGGACAGGAAUUGCACGAGGUUUCCUGGCUGCUUUCGACACGGCGUGGAUGGUGAGGAGUUGGGGAAAAGGAACGGCGCAUAUGCAGGUUCUGGCCGAGAGGGAAAGUGUGUAUCAGUUACUAUCUCAGACCACUCCUGAGAACACGAGCAAGAACCACGCCGCCUACAGCAUCGAUCCGAGCACCCGGUACCCUAAUGUGAACAUGUCCUCCAUAAAACCUAUACAAGUGAAGCAUCUGUAUAAUGUUGAGGGCCACUUGAAUACCAACAAAUCCAGCCCAAAGAACUUGGGUCAAGCUUCCCUGCGACGUGUGGCGGACCUGCUGAACUGGUGUCAGAAACACACGGCCUGGUGCAAAAGGGUGAAAGUGAAAGACCUGAGUCAGUCCUGGAGAUCUGGCCUGGCGCUCUGUGCCCUGAUCCAACACUUCAGACCCAAACUCAUAGACGUGUCCACUCUGGAUGAAAAAAACGCUGUAUACAACAACCAGAUGGCCUUUGACAUUCUCCAGAAGGAGUUUGGCAUCACACCCAUCAUGUCUGCCAGUGACUUUGCCUCUAGCAAGGAGAUUGAUCAGCUCUCUGUGGUGCUGUACCUCACUCAGGUCCACAAUGCUUUCAGUGAGACUCCCAAACCAGCAGAGCAGGCCAGCUCGAAGUCCCUUUCCUUAGCUAGAACCCGCUCCGCUGUCUUUUUCCUCAACAAGCUCAAGCACAACUCCCUCCAGAGACGCAAGGAGCGUCUGGCUGCUGAGAGAGAAGCUAAGGAACAAGAUAUGAGGGAGGAAGAGAAAAAGAAAGAUCCCGUGCCCACAGUGCCAGUGGCAGACGUAGGAAGCAGCGAGCUGUGUUACUUCUGCAAUCAGCAGCUCUACGUGCUGGAGAGGGGCAGUGCUGAGGGCAAGUUCUUCCACCGCAGUUGCUUCACAUGCCAGCAAUGUGGAACCACACUGCGCCAGGGAGGAUACACCUUCUACGCUGACGCAGGGAGGUUUUACUGCGAGCAGCAUUCUGAGCCAAAAGAGGAGACUAAGGAGAAGAGAGACUCUGAGCAAUCAGAUCCGUCUGCAGGUGCAGAGGAUCUUAAAAGGACACAGGGCAGUCGCAGUAAGCCGAGUGAGGAACAGAAUGUGGAGAAUGAAGCGAGUAAAAACGUGCAGAAGGAAGAGAGUGUGUUUGAUGUGACUCCUAAGAUGUGUCGCUCUGUAAAGAGAAAAAGCUCCUAUAAAAUAUCUAUAGAUCCGGAGUGUGAUGAAACCGCAGAGUGCAACACGUUCGGAGAGCACGAGGACCAGCCGGUAUUGAGUGGGGAUAAAGACAGCAGUACGCCUGCCGUACCUACAGAAUUGGGUCCAGUAAGUGAGACCCAGUCAAAGGGCGACGACAUCCGAAAAGGCGAGGAGCCUUCCUGUCCUGUCGCCAUCCCAGUCCCAGCACCACGCGGUUCUAAAGUGCCCGUCCCUAAACCCCGCAAAAUCCAUAACGUAGUGUCCUCACGCACCGAACCCAAGGAGAGCCAAGAUCCGACUCCAGACCUCACUAGCUUCGUAUCGGUGCCAGUAACCGUCCCUGAAAAUGACGAGGACUUUCAAACUCCUUCCACUGAGACAGAAAACGGCCCGAAAACGGACAGUGAAUCCAAACCCAAGGCCUCACUUAAGAAGCUCCAGUUGUCAACCGAGGAGAAAACGCAGCUGAUUGACUUUACCUUCAGCCAGGACUCGGACUCCGAGACACCAGUGUCCUCGUCGUCUACGUCCUCAUCCUCCAGGCCACAGGAUGGAGGUGGAGCAGAGGAGGAGGGUUACUCGAGCGGGGGAGCAUCGUGGGGCUACAUUCGACAGAAAAGGCUUUCCCGGGCUUUGAAAAAGAAAGAAGAGGCGCAGAGAGAAAGUCAGCUCCGGCAGGGAAGAAUCCGAUCCAAGUUCUCACCCUGGAACCUGUCUUCACCAAGGCUGCAGCACCGCUUCAGUGUGCUACGAAUCCAUCCUGCAGCACUAGGUCAGGCAGAUUCAGACGAGGCGGAUGGCGACGACGACGACGACGAUGAAGAAGACGAUGAAGAGAACGAAGAGGAUCUCGCUCUGGAGAAUUUCAUGGAUGGCCAGGCUGUAUCAGUGAACCUGUCUGAGGCGGAGAAACAGGAGUUGAUGAAGAUGAGGACUCUGGAGCGAAGGGCCAAGAUGAGCGAACUUCAGCGCUUGCGUAAAGCUCAGUCUAUCCAGAGGAGGCUGGAGGAGAUUGAGGUGACAUUUAAAGACCUGGAGGAGAAGGGAGUGGUGCUAGAGAGAUCUCUCCGAGGACAGGCUGGCUCUGAUGCCUCAACAGACAUGAUUGACCAGUGGAUCGACCUGGUGCAACAGAAGAACGCCCUGGUUUCAGAGGAAUCUGAUCUCAUGGUGGCAUCUCGACAGCUGGAACUGGAGGACAAGCAGAGCAUGCUGGAGCUGGAGCUACGUCGCUAUAUGGAGAUAGAAGAUUCUCAGAAGACUGCAGAGCAACUGGCAGAGGAGGGACAGAUCCUACAGCAGAUGCUGGACGUGGUGGACAUGAGGAAUUCUCUUGUGUCCUUCCUAGAGGAGAAGAGGCUUAAAGAGAUGGAGGAGGAACAUCUGAGCUCCGCAGUGAUGGAGAACAAGAGACUGUCCACUGCAGGAGCUCAGGUACACUGGGCGUGAUAGAACGCACUCACGCGCACAUAGAGACUCUUUGUCACCACGUUCUGCCCUUCAGCUUUUACAUCUCAAACCAAAGACUUCAAAGCAUACAAGCCUACGACUUGUUACUGUGUGCACUUGGACACACUCAGGAUCCAUGGCUGGAGGUUCAGAAUAUGUAGUGUGGUUUAAACUGUCAAAUCAAAUACCGAGGCCACCCAUGAAAGACACCCGAGAUUAUUCCAGAAAACUCUGGCACUUUUAUUAUGAGCCACCCAAGCCUUCACUGCCUAGUCACAGCCUAGAGAGAAACCAGUGGAAGCCCCAUAAUGUAGCUAGACUACCACCACCACCACCAUACACACACACACACACACACACACACACACACACACACACAUACAAACACACAGUAUGUACCACACACUGUAUCAGACAGUGAAAUUGAAAGAUUGCAUCAUUAUGGUGUAAGUAUCAAAAAUGGUUUGAAUGUGUAUUAAUCUAUUAUAUCUCUCAUAUUUAUCCAGCUGUUCUGGCAAGCACAUAGCUAUUCUGAAAGCUAAAUGUUCACACUGUCAUUAUAAAACUCAUUUAUAAUGUGUUGUUUGUUAGAAAUGGUAUUUCAGUCUUUUUGCUGCUGCUUAUUGACUACAUGCCAUAAUCUGAAAUGUCGAUGCAAAAGCUGUAAAAAUAAAUAAAUAAAUAAAUAAAUGAACAAAAUAAAAAAGGGGAGGGGGGAGGAGAGGGGGUUUAAAAUCAUAAUCCAUAUAUUAUUUAUGAAUGUAUUUGAUACAUUCAGUACCUCUUUACAUUUUCUAUAUUCUCCACAACUUCCUCUUCAUCUUCUUCUUCUUCCUCUUAUUAUUAUUAUUAUUAUUAUUAUUAUUAUUAUGAUUUUCAUGGAAACCCAUUUCAAAUGAGUUGAUGUUGAAACUCAGGGUUUCUGUUCUGAUUUGAAAUGCCAUGAAAUAACAGCUGUAUUUUCAUCUGAAUGGAACGGUGGUCGUGUUGCUUCUGUACGUUGCGGUCGGUAACGUACAACUCGUAGGUGGUACGGUUGUAGAAUGGUCCGACGUGGAACUCUUAGAGUUGCUUUGUUUUUGGUUUUCUUUAUCGUUUUCUUUUCUUUUACCCAUGACGGCACUGGCACGUGGAAUUCACACGAUAAUAAAUACAGUGUAUAAAUGACAACAACUCUGAAUUGUCUGGGGUGCUGCUUUUAUGCAUGUUGUGCUGGAUAUUGUGUGCUGAUAUGAUUUGAGCUGGAGAUACAAAAUGCAGAGGGAGUUUUGGUUGAAUUUAGACAGGAAGCAGGAAAAGGAGGCUUUCAGAAUAACUUGGGGGAGCAACGGCGUUAUGAAGCGGGCAACGACAAUAUGUUUUUACAAACGAAGAAUUUUGAUCCAUCACCUGUGUUAUGUGUUUGUCUCGCACCUCCAGGGUUGGGGGUUUCAUUCCCGCACAUGUUUGGAUGUUCACCCCGUGCUCUGGGGGUUUCCUCCGGGUAUUCCGGUUUCCUCCCCCAGUCCAAAGACAUGCGCUGUAGGCUGAUUGGCGUGUCUAAAGUGUCCGUAGUGUGCGUGUGCCCUGUGAUGGGUUGGCACUCUGUCAUCCAGGGUGUCCCCCACCUUGUGCCCCGAGUUCCCUGAUAUAGACUCCAGGAUUCCCAUGACUAUUCCCAGGAUACGGAAGUGGUACAGAAAAUAGUAUAGAUGUAUAGAUGGUAGAAAUAUUUAGUUGUACUGAUUUCACACAGCAUGUGAAGAAUAACAAAUAUAAUUCGUUCACAAAAUGCCAAUUGUACUGUUUCCAUCAUUUCAAUUCGGGUCAUUUUGAGCUCCCAGUAGCCUGCACGCUU